AUGCUGCUAAUCCUUGUGUUUUCCUAUUUGAAAGUCACAUAUUCUGCUACAAAUCACACUAGUUCUCAAGAAAAGAUUAAGUUCACCCAAGAUCACUUUAUCGAACAGAAACACCGAAUUAAUCUUUGUUUGCUUAACAGAGCAAGAUAUGAAAAAGAGAAGAGAAAAGAAAGGAAAGGUACGGGGGCGUUGACAUUGUCGUUCUCGUCAUUACUAUUAUCUGAGAUUCUACUUCUCAUUUUCCGAAUUCAUUAUGCCAUGAUUGCUGACGAAAAUAAAAUAAAAGAAAUGAACGGCACGAAUCCGUUUGACCUGCCGGCAUCAUCAGCAACGACGACGACGAUAGAUCCGUUUGGAAUAUCUUAUACGAUGAAGUUAUCUGAAUCAUCAGAAAAAUUUGAUGAUAAUCCAUUUACCGUCAAACCAAGUGGUAAUAAGGCUAUACGACCACGUAGCGGCAAAGAAGCAUUAUCAUCGUCUAAUUGGUUAGCUUAUCAACAUUCGAUGGAUGAGGCAAAUUUAGAUGGACCAGAUGAUUUAUCGGAGAAAUCAUUAGCAACAGAUUCAUAUCAAGCCAAUCGUUUUAAUCCAUUUGACAGCCCAACAAUUCCAGAAACAACUCCACUGGCUGCAACAUCAUUCCAAGCGUUUCCAGCAGAUUUUUUAUUUGAUACAAAUACUGAUUCCAAUCAAGUAUCAACAGCGGAUUCUAAUCAAUCAUCCUAUGCUUUUCUUGAUUUUAAUCAAACAAAUGCAUCGUCACCGUUUCAAGUCGUAAAGGAUGACACACUGACAGACAUAACACUAUUGGAUUCAACCAAAACAUCUCAACCAUCAUUAUCGACGACAGAAUCAAAUCCAUUAGUAACAUCUUCAUCAAAUAUCACACAUACACAAACGCCUCUAUCAACAACGAUAAGUACAAAUGUAACUUUUAAUACUGGAUUUAAUGAUCAAUUUCUUGACUGGCUAACGCCAUCAUCUGGCGCAACAGCUAGCAUUAAUUCAAUAACUAACCAAUCAUCGCCAUUAAACGAGUUUAACACUAUCAGUAAGUCAGAAGAUCCAUUUGGAUUGACUAUUCAACAGUCACAAUCAUCAUCGGCAAUACAAGGAUUUGACGACGGACAUAGUUCACCAUCAUCUAUCACUCUUUUAAAACAAACAGUACGUCGUCCAUCAAAUGAAGUAGUACCUUCGAUUCACAUACAAGAACUAACAGUAGGACAUAAUAAUACCAAUGUUGUGUCAAAAGGAUAUUAUGGUAACGAAAAGAAAAACCAAUCUGAUGAUGAUUCCGAGGAUGAUAAGAAAAUGGUGUUCCAUAUUGGCGAAAGAAAAGGAAAUAUGUCAACUCAUGAUUCGAACAUACCCUUGCCAUUAUUACCUCCACCACCUUCACCAUCAUCAUCCAAAAAAUACAAAGAAGUUAGCGAUGAUGCCAGUUCAUCCUCAUCUGAAUCCGAUGAAGAUGAUCCACUUGCAAUAUUUCGAUCGAAGCCUACUACCCAAAGCAUAAACCAGCAACCGGGCAGAAGUCUAUUUACUGACUGGGAUGAUGAAACGACAACAGCAACGAAUGAACAAGCACAGCAAUCGGAAAAAAUUCAAUCAAUACCACCACCGCCAUUAGAUUAUUACUUACAUGAACCCGAUUACGAUGAUAGUGCACCAUUGGAGCCCUAUCAUAAUGAUAUCAAUGAAUUACAAUUACAGCAGCUUAAUGGAUGGCUAUUACAGAUUCGUGUGCCAUUAAGACAGAAGGAUCUGUAUAAAAGUACUUUUCAACGAUUUAGUGAAACACGUACUUGGCAAGAAUGCUAUGUUCGAAUAUUUUUCGACGAGAAAAAAUUGCGUUUUUACCUUCCACAAACUAUUGAACAAUCAUUUGCAGAGAUUGAACUUCAAACAUGGUAUCAAUGUACGAAAUUUAAUCUUCAGCAACUGGACCAAUAUUCCAAAAUUCAUACAUUCAAAAUCUACGAAGCUAAUUAUCGUGAAAUACCUCAAGUUCGUAUCGAUCGACUUGUUACAUUGCCCGAAAAGCUAUUUCGACGAUUUACUCGACCAAAUAAAGCUCAACAAGUUUUACUAGAUCAUGCUAACUGUGUUCAACAGGAAAUUGUUAAAUUCGGUCAAUUGAAUUAUACAUAUUUAAAACAAUUCUUCAUUAUCUUGGAUGAUUUAUUCUGGUCAAUGCCUGUUACGCGUAGUCGAUUAGAAAAGCAUUUAAAAGAAGAGAUUACUGUGAAAAUCGUCGAUGAAUACUAUGCACAUAUCGACAAAUAUCAUCAUAUCUGCAAGCAUAAAUCGCGUACACGUUUAUUUCUCCUCGCUUUUCUCAACGGAACAGAACCUGUUGUCGAAAUCGGGAUGAACGAUUGGUUUCGUCACGGAAAAGAAGUUAACAAACGAAACGAGAUUAUUAUCAAUAAAACAUUGCAAGAGUAUUGGAUUAAACCGGAACAAGUAGAACUAGCAUCGGUUAUUGAUGCGAAUGAAUACGAAAAUACUCAUUUACUCAAACUAAUCCCACCAGAUAGUCAAAAAGUUGAAAUAAUGCGUUUUCGUACUAGACCGAAACAAAAUAUCGAAUUACCCUUACAAGUUUAUUGUUUCAUGUCAGUUAUUAAACGCCAAGUAAACAUACGAAUCGAAGCAACUGUAUCAAAUGCGUUUAAUAUAAGUAUUUUGUCAAAAGCAUCAUCAGUGGCAACGAAUGAUAAAACAGCUAAUGUACGAGAUGACAAUAGUGACGAACAGUGUCCAUGUGAAGACAUACAAAUACGGUUUCCGAUACCAGAUCCAUGGGUGUAUAUGUUUCGAGUGGAGAAACGCUUUCGUUAUGGAGCUAUACAUAGCGUUCGUCGUAAGGCAGGCAAAAUCAAGGGCUUGGAUCGUUUAAUGGUACAUCGCAAUGAUGCUUUAACGCCAUUCAUGGCAGCAUCUGCGGGUGUAGCCAAAUACGAACAAGCAUUUCGAUCGAUUGUUUGGCGUAUUGAUCAAUUACCAAAACGCGAUCAAGGCGCUUAUAAAACACAUGUAUUCGAAUGCAGUUUUUCAGUCGCUCCGCAUGACCCAGUACCGGAGAAAUAUGAACCAAUCGCUGACGUUGAAUAUUGCAUGUCACAAGCAUUUGUGUCACAUUGUCAAAUUCGUUCGGUUGCUGUACCAAGUGCUGAAGAAACGCCUGAAAAAUGGAUUCGACCGAAGAGUUUAUUUACUUAUACCAUCGAUAUUGAGUAUGCAUUUAAAGAAGAGGAAAAGAAAGAAUUUGCACCAAUCGAAAUCGAUAUGAAAGAACAAACAAUGUCCCAGAGUGAAGCAGAAAAUAAUUCACAAUCCGAUGACAGCGACUAA